GGGAGCCGUAGUCAUGAAAACGGCUCGUCUGAGCUGUAGUUAAAUGAACCCCCUCCCAACCCGUUCAAUCUACAACAGGUGUCCUCCGAACCGAGCCGAAUUGCGGAGAAGACAAACGUGUUGGGUGUAAUGUCGGAACCAGAGCCGGAAGAUGACGGAAGAGUUUAAAUAACUCAGAAGAGCCCGAAAAGUUUGAGUCCAUGUGACGUCUCCUAGGAGCUACUGGGGAGGUCGGCCAUGAGGAGGACCAAGCAAAUCGACAUUAAACGCGCUCUGGCGCUCGCUGGCACCUUUAGCUUCCUGUGCUCCUGCGCCAAAGCCUGCCUGCUUCCCUUCCUCACCCUCUACUUCAGACAGCUGGGCCUGUCUCCCAUGAUGACUGGGAUGGUCAUGGGAACGAAACACCUCCUGACGCUGGUGUGGAGCCCUGCAGCAAGUCUCCUCUCCAAGCACUACAACAAGAGACGAGUGGUGAUAACCUGCUCGCUUGUGUUUUCGGCUGCGGCUGCUCUCCUCCUGCUGGUUUUCCCUCCCGUUGGUGUUCCGGGGGCUCGGAUCGGCUCCUGUGACACCUCCAGCCUGAGUUCUGCUCCAACCCAACGGCCACCUGAGAACACGACUGACGCUGGACCUUCAUCAACUACUCCACGCCCCAAAACUGUGACCACUUUCCCUUCCGACAACUUUACCGACUCAAAGCCAGUUCCCAAACUAACAAACGUGUCUUCGGCUGACCGAGAUCAUGAGGAGACGCCGCGUCCUGAGCUGAAAACGGAAAAUGGGUCAGCGGUGCUCAACGUGAGUCACGGUGGAUCAAAGCUCACGAGUUUCACCGACAGCUCUCCGGUGGCUAAAGUGAGACGUAACAGGUCUGUGUCGCUCCCGGAGCAGCUGGAGGAGAAGGACUCGAGCGGGUUUGGGUUUCUGGGCAGCCUGAAGGAGAUGGACAGUCAGAGCCAGCUCUUCUUCCUCGUCCUCAUCAUCGUGUCGGUGUGGGAGUUGAUGUCGGCCCCGUUGGACUGGACGGUGGACGACGGCUUGUACGAGUACCUGGACCUUGCGGAUGCCUCGGACCGCCACGGCAGCACGGAGGUGUGGGGUUUGUUGGGAGCGGCGUGUGGGGUGGGGGGGACGGGGCUGCUGGUCAGCCAGCUGAGUUGUCUCAUAGCUGCUAGCACCUCCAGGACGGCGGUGCACUUCUUCUGCUAUGCCGGGCUGGUGACGGCGGCGCUGCCCAUGGCGGUCUACCUCCCUCUCUACCUGAAUAAAAAGCGGGACAGGGCUCAUGGGCUGAUGAAAGCCAUGCAGCUGGUGCACGGAUCCCCCCACACUCUGCUCUGUGCCGUCACCGUCUUACUCGUCGGUGCUGCGGGUUCAGCUGUGGAGAACUUCCUCCUCUGGCAGAUGCAGGAUCACGGCAGCAGUGAGCUGCACAUGGGACUGUCUCUGUCCCUCGCUCUGCUCUCACAGGCGUCCUUCCCUCUUCUCUCUGGCAGAGUUUCGAAGCUCUUGAGUCCGGGAAGGGUUCUCGUGGUCGGGGUUGCAAGUUCCACCUUGCAGUGCUUCUACUACGCCUUCCUGUGGGGCCCGUGGGCCGCCAUGCCUGCUCAGGUGCUCAGCUCUCUCAGCAGUGGCGCCCUCUGGUGGUCUGUGAGCAGCCAGUGUGAGGACGUAGCUACACCGGGGGCCGAGAGGGGUGUGAGGAGGUUCUUCAGUUCUUUGUGUCUGCACCUGGGAGCUGCACUGGGUAGCUUGGCGGGAGGGUUUGUGGUGCAGAGGUUCGGCGUGACGUGGCUGUUUCUAGGGGUGGCGCUGGGCCUGGUGGCGUGGUGUGUGUGUCUGCCUGUGCUGCAGUGGAAAGCCCCCCGCCAGCGCAGGAUCAACUACUCUCGCCUUCUGACGGCCGACGCCAGCGAAGCCAGCGACUCGGAGUCGGAGCAGGACAGAGACUGGCUGGAUAAAGCCUUGGAGGACGACCGUGGGAAUAACAAUUACGAAAGGAGAAUAAACCAUUAAUAAAAACUGCAUGAAGAG